AUAUCCGCCGGCGGAUUUGGUGCCUAGAACAGUAUCUGCCAGGCGCAGGAUCCGCCGGUACACCGGCCGCGCCGGGGCCAAGCGCUUGAACUAGCUUCCCGGCUUCGCUAGUGCUCGCACCGGCUCGCACGGUAGUACACCAGAAAGGGGGAGGGGGCCGGGGCCGUGGGGGGGGGGGGGGAACUCGGAGGCUGGGAAUUGGAUAGGAAGAGUCCAUUAUAUUAGAGGUUAAAAACUUCCAAUGCAAAAUAGGCAUCUAUUUAAAAGUUAUAUAUUUGAUUGAUGAUAGCAGGUAUCUUCGACUGCUUAACUACUAAAUGUAUCGAUUUUGUCAUUCUCAAACUAAGGAGUAAUAUUGACACUAGUAAUGUAGAUUAUUAAAAAAAAAAAAUCAUUUUCGCAUGGUACAGAACCGUACCGUACCCCAUAUCAAAGUAAUCAAUCACCUUUCCAUUUCCGGACUGAUUCCGAGACGCCCUCCGAUUGACAGAGCAGAAAGAAUAAUGAUUCGAUUCAUCUUAAUUCAGAACCGUGCUGGUAAGACUAGGCUUGCCAAAUGGUACAUGGCAUUUGAUGAUGAAGAGAAGCAAAAGUUGAUUGAAGAAGUCCAUGCCCUGGUAACAGUCCGAGAUGCUAAACACACUAACUUCGUAGAAUAUCGUAACUUCAAGAUUGUCUACAGGAGAUACGCCGGUCUAUACUUUUGUAUCUGUGUAGAUGUAGGAGACAACAACUUAGCCUACCUAGAAGCUAUACACAACUUUGUGGAGGUCUUGAAUGAAUAUUUCCACAAUGUUUGUGAGCUGGAUUUAGUCUUUAAUUUUUACAAGGUAUACUCAGUUGUGGAUGAGAUGUUCUUAGCUGGUGAGAUCAGAGAAACAAGUCAGACCAAGGUUCUUAAACAAUUAAGCAUCCUCGGACAGUUAGAAUGAAUUACAGUUAUUCCAAUCUAAUAGUUUAAUCAAUUGUGAAUUCUUCAAAAUGUCUUCUACACUGAUUUCACCAGUAUGCUAUAAUAUUCUUUAAUCAACCAUACCAUGACACAUACACACGGUUGCAUCUUGGUAUUAAUAAUGCUUAUUGACAAUAAUGUUGGAGGUUUUUAUUGAAAUCUUGCUUGGGACUUGAAAUGGGACUGUUUCAUAAAGUGUUUCAAUCAAACACAAUUCCAAAAAUCAAAUUCAACACAAUUUUCAACCAAUCAAAAUUGUGCAUUAGGACUUAUAAUCAUUAUAAUUUCUGAUUAAACAACAUAUCUUACUGCAGUGGAUUCCAAUGGGUUUUCAAAUACAAUAUGUGCUGUCUUUGCCCAAACCAUGUUUUUUUCUGGGAGGUAAACUUGUCACAUUGCCCUUGUAUAUCAAUCAUGAAAUUUUAAUAAUUUAAAAUGCACAAUAAAGUCUGACACUGACUCUUUUUUGAAGUGCUUCUAAAGGAUUAUUGUAGUUGAUAUGGUUGUUGAUGCAGUGUUUGGAGACAUUUUGAGUAUAUUCAAUCUUUUUAUUAUUGAUAUGUAUAGAUAUAUGAUAAGAAACUUGUAUAGUAAGUCUAUUACUGUAUGUUGUAUUAUCCAUGUAUAUAUUUUAUGUGACCAUCGUGUGGUUUUUCCCAACUAUUCCAGACAUAUUUGUUGUCCUUUAGUUGAUGGCAUUGUUAUUCUGUUUGUUGAAUCAUGAAUAUUUGCUGAAAUGGCAAAUGAAUUCACAGGUUAAUGAAAUUUUACUAUGUCUGUAACAUCAGAGACCAAUUCAGGUAUAAAUUUUGGUAGUUCCUGAAAAAUGUUUAAAACUUUUUUAACUCAUUUCCAGGGCCCUAUUGCAUAAGCCAGAGAAAACUUGGGUUCAUUAUUUACUUACUCUGUCAACCUUGAAAAAGAAAGGCAAUGGGCUGAUUCAGCCCUGAUGACAUUUCUUUAAUAAAUUUGUAACACAAUAGGCUCUCAAAGCUACACUUCAGGGCUUUUUUUCUUUUUUCAUUCUCUCACAUGUUUAAAACCUUAUUUUAUUGUGAUGCUUAGGUUGGUGUACCUAAGUUAGGUAUGAUUAAUACUUACAAGGCAGAUUGAAUAUUCCUCAAAAUAUUGUUUCUUGUACAAUUCCAUAUCAACAUUAAUUUCCAGCUAGAAUUCACUAAUGUAUGAUUAAUUUUAUUAGUAGUAUUACAGAUCAAAAUAUAUUAAUUUUUGAUUUUUAUAGUCAUAGUAAUGUUGCUGACAAACUUAGGUGAAAAACGAUAACCCAGGUUUUCAAUUUUUACCAGUUUUGCACAAAAAAAGUGUCAACAAAGAAUCAUUCCCAAAACAAGUACAUUUGUGUUAUGUUUGUUUUUGUUUUUUUUAAGAAAUCGUUCUACCUAUCAUGAUAUUAGUGUGUAUCAAAGUAUUUAUAAUACCAUUUCCAGUCCUUACGGAGAUCCAAGUCAAAUUAGAAAAGGGAUGGGAUAGGAAUUGGGAGUUUGGAGACCAUUUUUUAUUCAAGUGAAAGAAAGAUGUUAUACUACAUUUUGAAAAUAAUCAUUAAAUUGAAAAGUACCUUCAUUUUUUAAAUAUCAGUGAAAGGUUUAACUUUCAUGGGUCAUACAAUAAAUUCCUGUGUAAUUUAUAUGUUAGUUUGAUAUGAUGUUUUAUAUAAUAUAGCAUAUGUCAAGAAAAGACCAUGUCUGCUAGUAUCCAGUUUAUAUUUUAAUGCAAUAGCGAGUAAACGUGUGUUGGUUAUUAUUAUAUAAUGUACAUGUAUUUUCAAUAUUGUGACAAUGUUCUAGCACCAAAGCCAUUUUUUUGUGAUUGUUCAUACUCCCUGAAUUAUUCAAUAAAAUUCUUUGUGCUUUGUGAAAAUAUA